UUGUAAACAGAAACAAAUGCCUUCGAAACUCUUGUAUGGAAAAAUUAAAUCCAAAAAGUUAGUAUAUUAUUAGAGUAAACACUCAUAACAGAAAGAUCUUUUUCAUACUCCAAUAUGGAAAAUUUUAGCAUCAAAAAUAACAUUUUUUUGUUGUUGUUGCCAAUAUAUCAGCAUUUAAAAAAAAAAUAACCAUUCGCAAGUAUAGAAAUAAUAAAGUCUCAGUAAAAGUGAAUGCAACUACAAGUCUCUGGGAUGGCAAAAUUGUUAGCAAUAAUUCUGUGUUUGUAGUACAUAAAAUAAAAUUGAUUAAUUGCUCGUUCUUCUUUUAUUAAUAAUCCGUGUUUUGUUUUGUCCUUUCUCUUCAAUCUGGGUUUGGUGGGGAGGUUUUAAGUCAAGCGUGCGAUAUAUAUAUCAUCAAAACAGACAUCCUCUGUUCUUGCCUCUUCUUCUUCUUCUUCUUCUUCAUCUUCUUCUAUAUAUUGGUGUUUCAUUUGUUCUGCUUUAAAAGUACACAAAGAUUCAUCUUUUUUCGGUCCUCUGAUUGGGCAAAAGACUAGCUCGGUCGUGUUUUGAACAAGAGAUACAUGUUUUGAAAAAUUCCUCGCAAAAGAAGAGAAAGAAAGACUCAAACUUUUGUUUGAAUUUGAUACCAUUUUUUAUAUAUAUACCAAAAGUCCAAGACUGGUUUCAUUUUUGGGUUUGGUCUGAAACCUCUCUUCGUGUUGUUUGUUCAUGGUAUGUCUUAAUUAGGGUAAAAAAAUACUUGAUUGUUUUCUCUCAAUCAUCAUGCAUAGAGUACGCAAUAAACCGGUUAAAUCCACCGCUACUGCUUCCGUCAAGCAUUUAAUCAAACAGAGAGGCGGCGACGGAGCUACGGCGGCUUCCAAGUCGGCGAAUGAUUAUAAUAAUAAUGAUAGUCUCUUGACGGAUAUGCAGGAACCAAGCAUCGAUACAGAUAAACUCAGCUACGAGAUUUUCUCUAUUCUUGAGAGCAAAUUUCUUUUCGGGUACGACGACUCGAAACCCGAACCCGCGAAUUCGGUUGUUGCUGGGUCGAUUAAGAACCAGAGAGGUAAAAUCUGUAUUCUGAGUAUCGAUGGAGGUGGAAUGAGAGGGAUCUUACCCGGUAAGGCUUUGGCUUAUCUAGAACACGCUCUGAAAUCUAAAUCGGGUGACCCGAAUGCCCGAAUCGCCGAUUACUUUGACGUAGCCGCCGGGUCCGGUAUAGGUGGGAUUUACACAGCCAUGUUGUUCGGGUCAAGAGACGGUAACCGCCCCAUCUUCAAAGCAGAUGACACGUGGCAGUUCUUAACGAGAAACGCCAAGGGUCUUUACGGAGGAGCAGGAAUCUUGAAACGGGUCUUGAGAACCGGGUCGGGUUGUUGUUCCGGGACGGCUAAGUUAAAGAAAGUGAUGAAAGAGUCUUUCUCGGAGCUAACCUUAAAGGACACGCUUAAACCGGUGCUUAUACCUUGCUACGACCUCAAAAGCUCUGGCCCGUUUCUGUUCUCACGGGCCGAUGCGCUUGAGACGGACGGCUAUGAUUUUAGGCUCUCGGAGGUUUGUAGAGCGACUUGGGCUGAGCCGGGUGUGUUUGAGCCCGUGGAGAUGAAGUCGGUUGAUGGGCAGACCAAGUGUGUGGCUGUUGGUGGAGGAUUAGCCAUGAGCAAUCCCACAGCGGCUGCAAUCACGCAUGUCCUGCACAACAAGCAGGAGUUUCCGUUUGUGCGAGGUGUUGAGGAUUUGCUUGUGUUGUCUCUUGGUAUGGGUCAGUUGCUUGAUGUUAGCUAUGAGUAUGAUCGGAUUAUCAAGUGGAAGGCUAAGCAUUGGGCUCGCCCCGCAGCUCUUAUUUCUAAUGACGGUGCUGCUGACACUGUCGAUCAAGCUGUGGCCAUGGCUUUUGGUCACUGCCGCAGUAGUAACUAUGUCCGGAUUCAGGCGAAUGGGUCGAACUUAGGACCUUGGAGUCCUAACAUGGACACAGACCCUAGUGGGAGCAAUGUGAAUAUGCUGAUGGGAGUAGCAGAGGAGAUGCUUAAACAAAAGAAUGUUGAAUCUGUUUUGUUUGGAGGUAAAAGAAUCGAUGAACAGAGCAACUUCGAGAAGCUUGACUGGUUAGCUGGGGAACUUGUUCUCGAGCAUCAAAGGAGAAAUAGCAGAAUCGCUCCAACCGUAGCGUUCAAGCAAUCCGUGCAUAGAGCAGAUCAAAAGACAAGUGAUAAAGAUAUCGGUGUGACCGCAAGAGAACGAUGAAAUAAGAAAUGGUUUGCUUAGAUGAUUUUUUUAAGAUAAGGUUUUUAUUUCUUUCUUCUUAGGUUAUGAUUUGUUGUAUAGAUUUGUGUUUUUGAGAUUGAGUUUCUGAGACAUGAUGAGAAAAGGGGAAACACCUAUCAUCUUGCAAAGAGGGCUCAAGCUCCUUAAUCCAUGCUGCCC